AAGUGAGAAGGCUGGAAUUCAAGCAGUUGAUGUAUAUCUCUGCAGGACACGGAGAGAGAGAGAGAGAUCACGGGCAGAGGGAAUCCGCACCCAUCCAGAGAGAUUAUAGAAAGCAGCGCGUUUGUGCGCAUUUUCCCGUUGUGCGCCUCCUCGGACUUGCGCGUAAAGACAAUCAAUGAAGGAGAGAAGAUCUAUACAGAAACUGUCUCUUCAGCCUGGAAUGGAUCCGAGUCAGAGCCUCAAAUGUAAGAUCGUGGUCGUGGGGGACAGUCAAUGUGGGAAAACCGCUCUGCUCCACGUUUUUGCCAAGGACUGUUUCCCAGAGAAUUACGUACCCACUGUGUUUGAGAAUUACACAGCAAGUUUUGAGAUUGACAAGCAGAGAAUAGAGCUCAGCCUGUGGGACACCUCAGGUUCUCCGUAUUAUGACAACGUCAGGCCGCUUUCAUAUCCAGACUCAGACGCCGUCAUCAUAUGCUUUGACAUCAGCCGACCAGAGACCCUAGACAGUGUCCUAAAGAAGUGGAAAGGGGAGAUCCAGGAAUUCUGUCCCAGCACAAAGAUGCUGCUCGUCGGAUGUAAGUCAGACCUUAGAACAGACCUCACAACUUUGGUGGAGCUCUCUAAUCACAGACAGACACCGGUGUCAUAUGAUCAGGGUUCAGCUAUGGCUAAGCAGAUAUCCGCACCUUAUAUCGAAUGCUCCGCAGUGCAGUCCGAAAACAGCGUGCGGGACAUUUUCCAUGUCGCAACAUUGGCUUGUGUAAAUAAGAACAACAAAAACAUAAAGUGCAACAAAUCGGCACGCUCCACCAAGCGUAUCUCGCAUAUGCCCAGUCGACCAGACCUAGCUGCCGUGGCAACAGACCUACGCAAAGACAAAGCAAAGAGUUGCACACUAAUGUAAUGCAAGGAGUUGGGGGGGAAAGAUUCAUUCUGGGUAACGGUGAGGGUGGACUGUGGAAG